AUGGAGGCCUCCGGCGCCCUCGGCCAGUACCUGAAGUCGCUGGGAAUCAAGGUCAAGCACUUCAGAAUCGACCCGGUAAGGCGGAGGCGUGGUGCCGGGAACCCCGAAUCCCCUUGCCCCAAGCUGCGGGGGCUGCCCCGCGGUGCCUCGGCGAGUCGGCGGGCUGAGUCGAGGGCAAAGCGCCGUUCGGGCCCGGCCGCGUUGUACGCGCGUUUGCCCGCUCUCGUCUUGCGCCUUGCCCGACACAAAGACCAAACCAGUUCCAGGCGCAUUGUGGCCUCCAUUUUUCUGCGAGCAUACCAGCACUGGGAUAAACUUCAGCCCUCAGGCCUCCUUUGUGUCCAUAAGAGGAUCCUGGUCCCAAUUGAAUCCACGAGCCCGGAUCAGCCGAGCCGGUGGAAAGCCUCGGUCUCGGUUCAUCGCACUGCAGGGGUGAAUCGCCGCGGUGCAGUCUCGGCGAGGGGAUCCGAAGCCAAACCCAACUCUUCGGACGUUUCGAGGCGCCAGCGGGGCCUCGGGCGUUCGGAAGUGGUCAUGGUCACUGGGCUCCUGGGGCCGCGUGCACCGGAGGCCACUUUCUCCAGUAGCACCGCCUUGAGUGUUGACUUUGACAGUGACACCCACGUGCCCGCACUAAGAGUGAAACAACAUUUGAAUGCUGCUUUGGGUGGGGGGAGGGAAGAGAGGUGUCCCGCGCUCCUAGGCCGGACCGUGGAAUUUGGUCUCCGGUGUCCAGCGGCCUCCAGCCAAGGCUUCUGCCCCUGUGAGGAGGUCGCUGCCAGUAGCACUGCUGCGCUGAGACUGCUCCGGCUGCCAUGUACUUCGUGCCUGCGAGCUUUGCGGCGAUUUGAUGAACUGAGACUGAGGCUUUGGGCCUACUCCGGCUGCCCUGGGAUUUGGGCCUAUGGGCACAGCUUGGAGAAGAAGACAUCAAGUGGGCUGGUGUUUGGGAACUCGCUGCAUGCGCUACCUCAGUACAGGCUGCCGGACGGGAGUGGCACGAUCCCAAGGUUCCUGAUGGAGGCGUGCACCUUUCUCGGUCAGUACCUUGAGACCGAGGGCAUCUUCCGCAAGUCCGGCUCGGCGGCACGCAUGAGGAACCUCAAGGCUAAGCUGCAGCGAGGAGACCGCUCCCUUGAAUUCUCGUCCGCCUCCGACGUCGCCGGCCUGCUGAAGCAGUUCUUCCGGGAGCUGCUGGAGCCCAUCAUCCCCGCCGGAUUCCACGGGCCGCUCUGCCAGGCGCAGGAGCUGCAGGCGGAAGAUGACCGGAGUGCAGUCACCCUCCUGCUAACCUGCCUGAUGCCCGUGGCUAACGUGGCCGCCAUGAAGUAUUUCCUCUCCUUCCUCCAGAAUGUUGCGAGCAGAUCAGAAAAGAACAAGAUGGGGGUCCACAACCUCGCAGUGGUCUUUGCUCCAAACCUCUUCCACCUCUUCGAUGCGAACAGCAAGCUGGCGGGAAGCGUUGAGAAGGCGCUGCCAUUGCUGACCCAGGCCACGGAGAUUCUCAUCGGCCAAGCUCAGAACAUCGGCCGCCUCCCGCCAUCGGUGUUGAACAAGCUGCCCUCCCUGGAUGCAGAAGCUGGUUUCAUGACAACCGGUGACCCAGAAGGACGGAAGUUCUCGGCGAAGCAGAGGAAACGGCUGCGGCAAAGUGUCAGAGUUAUUGUCAGUGGGGCACUGAGCAGACUGAAGACUUCAAUCACUCUGCAGCCUAACAGGUAUACAGUUAGUCGGCAAGAAACAAGUCCUGUGGUCGGUGCAUCGCUCACAACCAAGAGGAAGGCAGCUGACGAUUCGGCCCGGAUUCCAGGCAUCUCACUGAAGAAGAGGAGGUCGCUGUCCAAUUCAGAGGAGGCUAACCCUGAAUCUCGUGUGGAUGGUGGAAAUCCAGGAUGGACAUACUACACCCGUGCAGAUCUCAGCCAGGAUGACAGUCUGUGCCCUGCAGCAUAUCAAAGUCCUUCUGUGUUGCUGAAAACUCGGACAGAGCGAGACAUCCUGCCAGCAGGGGGCAGGAGAGCUCCAUCUAUCUCUUCAGCCACCAGCAUGGGAAAGAGCAAGGCAAUGAGUUACCGGAGGCAGAGAAUUCCACUCAGGAAAGCAGCUGCUCCGUCUAUUGUAGACCACUGGGAGAGCGUCCGGGGAUCGCCAUGGUGCCGAGGUCUAAGUGGAGGUGAAGAUUCAAACAACCCCACUUCCAACGUGCUUUACCGGGACUGGAUGACCCCAACCUUGAGUGCUGACGUUGGUGGAUCAUCAUCAUGUGGAACAAGGCUCCUCUCAACCCUGCUGAUGCAAGGGAAUGACCCACAGGAAUGUGAUCUUCCCUGUCAGGAGCCCCCUCAAUCGCUGGGCUUGGUCUCAGCUGGUACUGAGCUGAGUGCGGGUGAGGCGGAUACUGCCGAUGCUAUUACUAACCCAAGAGAUGCGUCGCUAAAGGCCAAGGCCCGCGCUGUCAGGCCACGCAGCGUGUUGAGGCCGAGUGUUGCUGAUCGCCCAGGGGCAGUAAGGAAGGAUGAGUCUUGGACAGGCUGCAAAGACGCUGUGAAGACUGACUUCAGCCCCACCCAUGACUAUGCAGCCUCCUUGCCAUGUUUCCUUCAGUGUAAUUCCACCCUGGGUCGCAAGGAGAUCCGCCGAUCGCUGAGUCUGCCUGAGGGUAUUUCGGACAACUGGGAGCACGGGGUUGGGUUUGGAGACGGUCCUGCCCUCCAGCUGAAGGAUUUGGAAGGCACUCUGCCUGCAGCAAGAGCUGAGAAUCCACCAGCCUUCAUCUGCGGGCCUCUGCGACUGGCACCCGCCGUGGAGACGCGUCACCGCUCCACAGAUCUAGCCGGUCUGACCACAGAUCCCCUGCUUUCUCAGGGGCCAGCCACGUCCGUCAUUGCUCAGGUAAAGAGCAGUGCUCCACGCGCCCUGUACAACACCCCCUACGACACACCGGACUGCGGCUGUAAAAAGUCCCACCCGCAACCGAGCAUGAUGGAGCUGGCCCGGGCUUCUGUGGCAGGGUGCAUUCGGAAAUUUAGCAAGCUCUCUGUGAAAAGGGAUGGUUUGAAACAAAAACUCCCAGUGACCUCGAAGCAAGCCCCACAGCAAUCUUCCGCGCUGAGGUUUGCCCAGCGGGCAAGUACUCUGUUCGGAAGAAAGCCCAUGGGGCAGGAGCAUCAAGGCACACAGCGGCCCAUGAGGAGGUCCUUAAGUCUUGAGAGUGCCUUGUAAAUUAGUCAGGGCCUAGAGCAGCUGAAGAGCACUAGCAGGCACGGAGCGGUUAGCAUGUCUAAAUCAAAUGACCUGCAAUUUUCAGGUGGCUCGGAGUGACACUAGUUUAGCAAUGACGUCACGAACUGUGAGGAAGACAUCCAGGCCAGGUCUAAGGGAAUGAGUUCCCACCCCCGGACAACAGAAAGAAGCCGGUAACGCCAGUGUACCUCAAGCUCGCCACCCAAGCAAGAAGUAGCCAGCAGGGCCGCCCAAGACAAUAUUUUUAGACUUUUAAUGUGGGAUUAUCAUCAGGAUAGUGUUUCUAGUUUGAGGAAGUGUGUGGUGUUUCAAUAUGUGAGGGCUCGAACCAUGGAUGCCCUUCAUCAACUGUCCACAUUGCUGGCCUUCAAGCACGGAGCCGAGACCUAGAAUACAAAAGUCCUUCAUCUCACAUCUGCCCUAUAGUAGUUUUAUUUGGGUGGAUUGAAAGCAAAGUGACUCUCCCAGCUUUCAAGGCUAGGUGUCAGUCCUGCCACUUUCAUUGGGAUUCAUUGGGCAGAUUCCCAAAUAUUUCCCGUACUCCCUGGUGUAGUUUUGUGCUUUGGAUAUAUGUAAUUCGAAGCAUGCCUCUGAGAAGGGGCGAGGGGGUCUUGUGACAACAGUGAAUCUUAAUGACGCCAGUAAUUUGGAGAUUCCAGUGUCCUCAUCGGAAAAGGCUUCUGCCUUGGGAACGCCGGUUACAGGGGCAGCUCGGGUUAUCUUAAUGUGAUGGUUCUCUGAUCUAUUUUCUUCAUAUGAGUUUAAGUAAUGCUCACGUUUUAAUCAUUUUCACACGAAAAACAUACAAUUUUACUCAUUUUUUCCCUUGAGAAAACUUGUAUUCUCCAAGCUAUAUGUUUCUACAAAUAAA